AUACUUUAACCUUCCUGGGGCUCUUUUAUUCAGUAAAUAUCAGCGCUGUGUAUGCUGACAGGCAGCUGAAUUAGUAAACAAGCUAGCUAGCUAGCGUUAGCUAGGUAAUACAGUUUGUGGGCAGCUAGAAAUACAUAGGCUAGGUUAACUAGCUAACAAGCUAUGUAUGUUAAUAUUUAGCCAGCUAGCUAGUAUAUCUAGCUAGUUAGCUAACCGGUACUGUGUUUAGUUCGGUUACCUAGGCGGCGUAUAUUAGUGUUCUGUGUUUUCUAGCUAGCUUUAGUAGUUAGCAAGCAAGCUGUCAAGGGGAACUCAGAACUCAGCCAUUAGCUGGCUAAGCAAGCUAAUGUUAGCUGGAACACUUGGUUCAUACUAGUAAUUUUUGCUAAAUAUCUAAGUUAUUAGAAUAUUGUGAUGUUUAAAACGCAUAUUUUUCUAGUGAGCUAACCUCAGCUAAAGCUGGCUAGUUGUCACUUUAUAGCUAACGCUAGGAUAGUUAACGCUAGCUGGCCAAGCUAGCUGCGUAGCUAGCUGUCAAACGUACUUUAUUCUAGUCAUAUUUAGUUUAUGUUAAACGUAUUUUAUAACUCCUGACAUUAUAUAAUAAGCUACCUAAGCUACGUAGGCUAGGUAAGCUAGCUAGCUAGUUAAUUUACCUCAGCUUCCAACUCUAUUAGCUAGCUAAGUUAGUAGUUAGCGUGAGGUUUCAAACUUGCUUCAUACUAGUCAUAUUCAGUAAAGUUAAUAUUUAGCAUAUUAUGACUGUUAACGUUAUGUUUUGCUAACUACCUUUCUAGUUACACAACUCAAUGUGUAACUUUACCUGCACCUUUAUACUUUGGAUAUCUGCACAUUUAUACAUUCAGUCAUAUUCAACGUAUGCCCGUGCAAUGCCUUUUGUCUAUAUGUCUAUAGUGACACUACUGUGUGUUUAAGGCACAUUUUUGUGUCUUUUAUUGUCUUAAAUCAAUGCUUAACUAACGUUAUAAAUGGAUUUUACUGAGCGUUAUGAGGAUACCUGCUCCACAAUAGCCGUUGCGGCCAGACAUGGAGACUGCAGGCAGAUCCAGAGGCUCCUGAGGAGAGGUUACUCUGUGGAUGUAAAGGAUAACCGGGGUUGGAACGCUUUACACGAAGCUGCAGCUGCAGGAUCUUCGCAGUGUGUUCGCCUUCUCCUCACUGCUGCUGCCAGCUGUGAAAACUAUGUCAACUCCUUGACACACAACUCUGAAACACCUCUCUAUUUCGCUGCAAAAAAUGGACACGUCCAAGUAGUCAACCGACUACUAAAGCGAGGUGCAGAUAUUAAUAAGAUGUCCAACGACCUCUCCUGCCCUCUUUUUGCAGCUGUGGAUGGUGGCCAUAUGGAAGUGGUGAAGCUGCUGGUCAGUAAAGGAGCUGAGGUCAAUGGAACUCAUUCCACCUCUGACUGGUCGUGUCUCCACCAGGCAGUUUACAAGGGUCACACAGAGAUUGUGAAGUUCCUGGUGGGCGUGUGUUCGCUAGAGGCUGUGGAUGACUAUGGGAUCACGCCGCUGUUUGUUGCUGCACAGUAUGGACGUCAUGAGUGUCUACAGGUCCUCGCAAAUGCUGGAGCAAAUGUAAAUUGCCAGGCGAAGGAUCUGGCCACCCCUCUCCUUAUUGCUGCCCAAGAGGGACAUUUAUCCUGUGUGGAUCUACUUCUGUCUCAUAAGGCUGAUCCAAACAUCUACUGCAACGAAGAUCAGUGGCAGCUUCCUAUUCAUGCUGCAGCCCAGUUUUGCCACCCCAGAAUCCUGGAGAAAUUGAUCCCUGUGACGAGCAGAGAAUGCGAUCAGGGUAAAGAAAAGGUCAGCCCUGUCUAUCUGGCAGUGCUCAGUGGUCAAGCGGACAGUCUUCGGCCGCUGCUCAGAGCAGGCUACAGCCCGGACGCCCAGAACUGCAGGCAGUUUGACUACUGCUGUCCUCUAGAAAUGACACUGUGGUGCAACUCUUGGAAUUCUGACAGUGAACGCCACCAGAGUCGAGAGAUCACUCAGAUGCUGCUCGCUGCUGGGGCGCACGUCAUGAUGCCCACAUAUGUAUUUGCACUUCAGGGAAAUGUACCUGAACAUCUGCCAAUGAUCCUGGAGCAUGCCGGCCUCCCUAAGGAGGACCAUCUGAAAGAGCUGGUCCAGACAGCACUGAAAGAAAUGCAGAGUGCCCCCUUUUGGCUCCCGUUGCUGCUCAAAGCAGGCCUGGACCCUACUCUGCUUCUUCAGCAUAAAAUGCUUGAAGAGGCAGAGACCAGGGUGCUUAAUUUCUUGCUGGAGUUUAUUAAUUGGAAGACUCUGCCCUCCACGAUGCUUCAGAUUCUCGCUCGCCGUCGAGCCGAGGGAACUUGGACCCCACAGAAGCAUUUCGAGAGUGUUCCUGCUCUGACUCAUCUGUGUAGACUGGCAGUGCGAGCUGCAGUGGGCAGCGAUGCUCUGUCUAAAUCCUCCUUUGUUCAGCAGCUGCCUGUUCCGACGCUGCUGCAGGACUACCUCCAGUUCAGCGAUAUCUCCAGUGCCUACACCUACACGGCCGCCUGACUGACAGUUUGUGCUAAUUAAGUUAUCUCGCUGGUUCCACUGCAGUAUUUUGUACAUAGCUUUAAUAAAACUUUAAUAGCCAUCUUGUGAAA